GGGAGCUCACAGUAGCCUACACCAAGGAAGGUCUAUAUAUCCGAACUAUAUGAACAUAAAGAAGUUUAUUUUAACGUAGUUCUCAUAUCUUGCCACAAGAUGGCGUAUGUUUUCCCACGACAAGCACGGCGCCGUUAGCUUCCCGUUAGCUGACGUCAUUGAGCUGCAGCUCCACUGCCACAUGUAAACAAGGAAGUGUGGAGCGCGCGCUGGAUUUCUGUGUUUCUAUUUAUUAUGCUCACGUUUGGCUUGACACUCGUCCGACAUGGUGAAACCCAGUACAACAAAGACAAACUGCUGCAAGGUCAAGGUAUUGAUACUUCCUUGUCAGAAAUGGGACUACGGCAGGCGGACGCUGCAGGCCAGUACCUGCAAGACCUUCGCUUCACCAACGCUUUUGUCAGCAAUCUUCAGAGAGCCAUCCAGACUGCUGAGAUCAUCCUGAAGAACAACUUGCACUCUGCUGACACGGUGAUGGUGUUGGAUCCUUUGCUCAGAGAGAGGGGAUUCGGCGUGGCUGAGGGGCGGCCCAAAGAAGACCUGAAGAACAUGGCGAACGCAGCAGGAAAGGCCUGCCGGGAUUUCACACCACCGGGUGGAGAAACUCUCGAGCAGGUAAAGACACGUUUUCGCAAGUUCCUGAAGUCCAUGUUCCAGCGCAUGCUAACUGACCACUGUCCCAGUACGUGUCCCAGUUCUAGCCCGGAGCUUCCAGAAUCGGCCCUGCCAACAAUCGCAGGACUCGCCAAUGAUGGGGUUGAGAACUUGCGCACCCACGCGUUAGUGGUGAGCCACGGUGCCUUUAUCCGCGUGGCAGUGCGUCACCUGGUGGAUGGUCUGCACUGCAUUCUGCCCGAGGGACUGAGGAUGAGCCAGGUGUACUCAGCCUGCCCCAACACGGGCAUGUGCAGGUUUGUCAUCACACUCGGAAUGGAAGACAGCGUCCCAAGACCUGUUUCGCUCCACUGCAUCUUCAUCAACAGGAAGGAUCACCUCGCCAGCCUCAAAGACUCGAGCUUGAGUAACUAACCACGACUGCACCGAGUUCAGAGACACUCCAAGCUUCCGGUCAUUUAAAAGCUCUAAGGACAAGCCGUCUCCUUGCUCCUUUGCAUUAGAAGAAGAGUGAGAAGUUUUCUAAGCAUGUGUCCUGUUGUAUAUUUUAUUUAUGGUCCUGAGAUUUCUGUGUUACAAAAUGUGUACAAACUGUUUUAUAUUUACAGUGUAGAGUGGAAAGACGGUAUUCUUCUGAAACACUAUUUAUUGGCAUGGUAUUAUGUAUUAUUAAUGUACUGUAUUAUUGGGGGGUGGGGUGGAUUAGUUGUUAGCAUGUUUGCCUCGCACCUUCAGGGUCAGGGGUUCGAUUCCCACCUCCACCCUGUGUGCGCAGGGUUUGCAUGUUCUCCCCAUGCUCUGGGGGUUUCCUCCGGGUACUCCGGUUUCCUCCCCAGUCCAAAGACGUCCGCUGUAGGCUGAUUGGCAUCUCUAAAUUGUCCGCAGUGCGUCAGUGGGUGUGUGAUUGUGCCCUGCGAUGGGUUGACACCCCGUCCAGGGUGUCCCCCGCCUUGUGCCCCGAGUCCCCUGGGACAGGCUCCAGGCUCCCCGCGACCCUGUGUAGGAUAAACAGUACAGAAAUUGAAUAGAUGGGUGUAUUAUCAAGGGCAAUGACUUGAAUGGUCUGAUCCCAGACAAGCUUUGAUUUUUUUUUUUCUCUUAGACUGACAGAAUGCACUUUAUAUACAAUGCAUAGAACUUUUCUUGUGUGGAGCAAAAAAAUGACGUGUUAAAUUAUCUUAUAGCAUAGAAAAUAAAGAGUGAUGAACGGUUUAUGUCUGACUCAGUAGCUCACAUUUAUGUUUUAUUUAAUCAGUUACCACAGAGAUUUUAAAAAUGAAGGUGGACAAAAUGCUAUGUAGGAACACUCGGACUUGCAUUACAAAUCAUAGCACGAUACACAAUAACUGUGCCCUGCGAUGGAUCGGCACCCUGUCCAGGGUGUACCUCGCCUUGUGCCCGAUGCUCCCUGGGAUAGGCUCCAGGAUUCCCCGUGACCCUGAAAAGGAUAAGCGGUAUAGAAGAUGGAUGGACGGAUGGAUACACAAUAACUCCAUGCAUAAUAACUGUGAACUGUUGUCCAGAAGAUGGCACUGUACAACAGGACCAGGACAACUUCGAGAAGCAGCAUCCCUGACAGAAGGCCCGAGAGAGAAAGGACACGUGUCCUCGUCGCAGCCGCCCACGCUCUGGCCACAAGCAAUCCCGGCCUCUCCCCUUCAUUUUCCGUCCCUUGUUGGAAGU